UAACAUAAUAUAUAGAGCACCACUAUAGCUAAUUAAAUACCUAGGACAAAUGUAAAUAAUAUUCCAUAAAAUAACAUUCGGCAUUGAGCACGUCCAGAUAUUAUAUUUGAUUAAUUAAUUAAUAAAAUAAAUAUUAAAUAAAAAAAAUGCAGAGGGAAGAAGAGGAACCAGAACCUUAUGGAGGCUGGCUCGGAGGAGUACAAGACCUUAAUCUCGAUCCAGAAUGCAGCAACAUUUGCACAUUGUUGCAAAAAAUGAUGUUUUUGAGUGAGAAGUUAUUGGAUCUAGGAAUGAAAUAUUAUGAUAAGGGCACUGGUAGCACUGUAGAAGAGCAAAUAUGGAAUUUUCUCAUGAGAAAAGACAUGGCCACUGGCAAUUUUCACUGCCGUAACUUCUACUUACCCUGCUGCGAACAUAAAACAAUUGAUAUUUACAAAAGUACAACGCCAAAAUCUUGAACCAGUAUGCAAUAUUUGCACAUUAUUACAAAGAAUUGUGUUGUUGGAAUGAGAAGUUAUUAGAAUGGCGAAUUCCAAUGUCGUAACGUCGAUUUGCCAAGGAGUGAACACACAAUAAAUUUUAUAAAUAGAAUCAAUUACUGCUUGAAUUUAUCAAGAUACAUCCAAUCGACAAAUGUAAAUAACAUUCCAUAAAAUAACAUUCGGCAUUGAGCACGUGCAGAUAUUACAUUUGAUCAAUUAAUUAAUAAAAUAAAUAUUAAAUAAAAAAAAUGCAGAGGGAAGAAGAGGAACCAGAACCUUAUGGAGGCUGGCUCGGAGGUAUAUUUUAUUUUAUAAUCAUGAAUUUAAACAAUUUUUUAAUCGCCAACUAAAAUAAAGAAUUAUUA